AUGUCUUCUCUAUUCAAACCCCUCCAUGUCGGAACAGUCGUCCUCCAGCACCGCAUCGUGAUGGCUCCAUUGUCCCGAUUCCGAACAGACGAGAACCACGUCCCACUCCCCAUGGCAGUAGAAUACUACGCCCAACGAGCUUCGAUCCCAGGGACAUUGAUCAUCGCCGAAGCAAGCAUCAUCUCCCCCGACCACGGAGGAUACCCAUACUCGCCCGGUCUCUGGACAGAGCCACAAAUCGCCCGAUGGAAGGAGAUAACAGACGCCGUACACGAAAGGGGCAGCUAUAUCUUUGCCCAAAUCUGCGCCAUUGGCCGCAAGGGCGAUGCUGUCUCAGUCCUGAACGAUGGAGGAGGCGCAGUGCUAUCUUCUAGCGCAACCCCCAUAACCCCCGACGGGCAUAUUCCACGCGAAAUGACCGAAGCCGAGAUCCAAUCUGCAAUAGACGACUUUGUCACGGCUGCUAAAAACGCCAUCUUAGCCGGCUUCGAUGGUGUCGAAAUCCACGGCGCAAACGGGUAUCUCGUCGACCAGUUCACGCAGGAUACAUGCAACACGCGUACCGAUCGCUGGGGAGGGAGUAUACCCAACCGAGCGCGAUUCGGGAUCGCAGUCGCAAAGGCAGUCAGCGAUGCCGUUGGGCCCGAACGGACUGGUUUCAGAAUUAGUCCGUUCUCCACGUCGCACGGCAUGCGCAUGGCCGAUCCCAUUCCGCAGUUUGCGUAUCUGAUUGACGCGCUAAAGGAUCUGCGGCUGUCAUAUCUGCAUGUGAUUGAAUCGCGGGUGUUUCAGUCGUUUGAUGUCGACAAGACGGACGGGAUUGAGUUUGUUUUGGAUAUUUGGGGGAAGACGUCACCGGUUUUUGUGGCGGGGGGGUAUAGGGCUGAUAAUGCGAUGAGGGCCGUGGAGGAGUAUAGGGGUAGUGAGGUUGCUGUUGUGUUUGGGCGGCAGUUUAUCGCAAACCCAGAUCUGGUGUUUCGUAUCAAAGAGGGCAUUGCGUUGAACGAGUAUGAUCGCAGCACGUUCUACACGCAAGGCCAGACAAAGGGAUAUCUGGAUUAUCCGUUUUCAGCUGAAUAUCUGGCAUCUAUUCAAGUCUAG